UCGGUAAAUUAACCAAGGUCUUAGUUCAAAGUCUCGUCAGUCUGUUUUUAUUUGUUUGUUGACACAACGUAUCCCUUUAGAGCGCUUAUCUUUACGCGUGUAAAUAUGUAAUUACACGGAUACAUUUUUUCUGCAGAAGAAAAAUCUCAAGUGCAUUAUUGUUUAUUUCUAGUCGGUACGAACGUGCCCUUCGCUCUCUUCGGUAGCCUAUUACUGUACACUGUACAGUCGAGUGCGCCAUUGAGUCCUGGUCUGUCAACGCAGCCUACGAAGCUCCUCUGGAACUUUUAACACCUUCUAGUGGACAAGAACCAUUCUGUUUUUUUCCUACGUGUAGUAGGCUAUUUGCGUUUUCAUACCUAGUUUUCGAGAGCAAAGUUAUCCAUAAUAUGGCUGGACGCGCCGAAGUUGCAUGACAUGUCUUAAUGUUAUGUUUUUGCGACUCGACGUUUUUAAGUUUAGCAUCGCAAAACAAACUCCUGCCAAGACGGUGUAAUUGUUUGUCAGUCUGUGAAAGAACACUGGUGCUUCGUGUUGAACACUGGCGUUUUGGUGCUACGCGUUAAACCGUUCAACACUGACGGCAAUGUUUGUCGAGUAAAUUACGCCAUUUGCCAACAGCACUCAGCUGGACUCUGCGCGCUAGCUAGCUUGCUAGCAAGGAUAUUCCUCUGAGGGGCGUUUACCGUUUGUGGGAGUGCGAAACUAGUCUGCAACAGUAUAGUCCGAUCAGUUACCUAAUACGUUUAUCUAGAUAGGCUAUCUUUUUAGCUCGCCGUUUCGCCCAGCUGUCUUUGCCAUUUUUCUUGUUUGUCUUUACGCGUCAGUGGAUACCCAGCAGAAUUGGGUGCUUAUGCACAGACUGAAGUGACCUUGACUUUCAACUGAACAGUUUAGAAGUUUAAGUUUGUAAACUCCGAGCGAAGGGCGCAACGAUUGCGUCCCCUCGUCGCUUCACCAAGACUGUCGAGAUCAGAAGCUGAAAUGCCAAGAUAUUGCUUGUCAUGACAGCGGGAGAUGAUUUGACGCCUUGCUUUGGUCCCGGUGACAGUACCUUGCAUUUAAUAAUGCCAGGAGACUAGCCAAGCGAAGAUCACGACGUGCUUGGAAACUAAUGGACUAACGUUGUAUUUUUUUUUAACGAUUGUGCCAUGUAUGUUUGCCCGCUCUUGGAAAUGAUCUAGACGAGUUGAUUUUGGAAGCAGAAUUGUAAAAUGGAUCAAGGCGGACUGAGACGUAACCCCCAGGAUAACAACCUGGCUUUUGGCAAGCAGGCGAGCGUGGUGGGAGAGGGGGGCUUUGGGAGUGACAUUGGAAGUGGAGGCGGCAUGCACGUGUCAGUCACCACAGGGCAGCCUAUGCUCAGGUCCCUGUCGGGACCCCGCACCACCGCGGACGGCCCUUUCGGAGGCCUGAACAGCAACGUCAGCAACUUCAGCCUCCAGAGGGACCACCACACACCUCACACGCUCAUGGGGCUGGGGCUGGGGCUCCGGGGACUUUCAGGGGCCGGCCACAGGGAGGGGGCCCCCCACGGUAAGGCCACGUUUGGGAAAUCCUUGCGGCCCCAUCAUCCGGACACGUUGGGCCCCAUGGGCGUCGGGCUCGGGGACAGCUUUUUGCCCAGUCUGGAGACUCUGGCUGACCUGGGCAUGUCCUUCUCCUCUGGCAACCCCUCCUCUGCCGGCCACGUCAGAGAACUGGAGCCGAUCAGCAUCAAAACGGAGGAUUUCUCGCCUGCCAUCGACACGGACAGACACACGCCUGGCCUCGGCGGCGGAGGUGGAGAUGGAGGUGCGCCGGAUUUCGACCUGCUUGAUUUCCCGGAUGUUGUGGACCUGCCGGACUCGCUGGCCGCACUGGAGCAGCUGUACGUGGCGAACGAGGACAACUUCCUGCCCUCCCUGACCGGGGACGACGGGCUGUUGGGGGACGGCCUCGGCAAGGAGAGCAAGCCUGGGUCUAGUGGUGGUGGUGGUGUUGGCGGCUGCAAUGGCGGCGGCUGCAUUGGCAUGAACGGAUCCGAGCCUCAGUCACGGCACCAGCAGCAGCCAGGGCUGUCACUGCCACAGCAGCAGCAGCAGCAGACCCACCAGCCCCUCAUGAACAUGGGCCAGUCCGGCCCGCAGCCCGGCGGCGGCGGCGGAAUCACCGGCAUCACCAUCAAGACGGAGAAGGACAGCGGCGACUGCAUCUCGCUGUGCACGGCCGGCGUCAUCAAGAUGGAGAACGAGAUGCGCAGCCACUGCCAGAUGUCGGUGAUGGACGCCACGCACACAGGAGGCCCCUCUGCCUCCGUCUCCUCCGUGGGCUCCGGAGGCCUGGGCAGCUCCAUGGGAUAUUUCGGAUAUGGAACCGGCGUGCCACCCCACGGCAUGCAAGGGGAGCAUGUGUCCCAGGAUCAGAAGCCCCUCCUGGGCCUCUACCCGCCCGUGUCCUCCCUGGCCGACAGCUGGGGCCGGAGCGGCGGAGUUUUUGGGGAUCUGGGCGGCAUGCAGAGGUCUGGCGACCAGGUGCUGCCUUCUCCAUCGUCCUACCUCAUGAACUACAACGGCACUGCCAACAGACCCGAGGCCAGCGGUUCUGGCGGGCCGUCGGCAUCGGCGGGGAAGCCGAGCGGUCCGGCCCACAAGAUAUGCCUGGUGUGCUCGGACGAGGCCUCGGGAUGCCACUACGGCGUCCUCACCUGUGGCAGCUGCAAGGUCUUCUUCAAGAGGGCCGUGGAAGGAUGGCGGGCACGGCAAAACACGGAUGGACAACACAACUAUCUGUGUGCUGGACGCAAUGACUGCAUCAUCGACAAGAUCCGGAGAAAGAACUGUCCAGCCUGCCGUUUCAGGAAGUGUAUACAAGCUGGCAUGAACCUGGAAGCGCGCAAGAACAAGAAGCUGAUCCGGCUGACGCGGCAGCAGAGCGGCGGCGGGGAGGGGAGCGGCCUGGGAGGCCCCGGCAUGCGCCCGGACGAGCGGCAGUGCGCGCUGGUGCCCAAGUCCAUGCCCACGCUCACGCCCACCAUGCUGUCGCUGCUCAAGGCUAUCGAGCCGGAGGUGCUGUACUCGGGCUACGACAGCACCAUCCCCGACACCUCCACGCGCCUCAUGACCACGCUCAACCGCCUGGGCGGCAAGCAGGUCAUCUCCGCCGUCAAGUGGGCCAAGUCACUGCCAGGCUUCAGGAACCUGCACCUGGAUGACCAGAUGAUGCUUCUGCAGUGCUCGUGGCUCUUCCUCAUGUCCUUCAGCCUGGGCUGGCGCUCCUACCAGCAGAGCAGCGGUGGUAUGCUCUGCUUCGCGCCCGACCUCGUCAUCAACGAGGAUAGGAUGAAGCUCCCCCACAUGAGUGAGCAGUGUGAGCAGCUACUGAAGAUCUGCAAUGAGUUUGUGCGUCUUCAGGUGUCCUAUGACGAGUACCUCUGCAUGAAGGUCCUGCUACUCCUCAGCACAAUACCAAAGGAUGGGCUGAAGAGCCAGGCUGUGUUUGACGAGAUCCGAAUGGCCUACAUCAAGGAGCUGGGCAAGGCCAUCGUGAAGCGCGAGGACAACAGCUCCAGCCAGAACUGGCAGCGAUUUUACCAGCUCACCAAGCUGCUCGACACCAUGCAAGAGAUGGUGGAGGGCCUCCUGAACUUCUGCUUCUACACCUUCAUAAAUAAGUCCCUGAGCGUGGAGUUCCCCGAGAUGCUGGCCGAGAUCAUCAGCAACCAAAUACCAAAAUUCAAAGACGGGAGCGUCAAGACCCUGCUGUUCCAUCAGAAAUGACUGCCUUAAAUCUCCCCUUCCCCCACUCUCUCUCUACACACACACACACACACACACACACACACACACACACACACACACACACACACACACACACACACACACACACACACACACACACACACACACACACACACACACACACACACACACAGCUACACGUCACCAUGCCUUAAGAAUCGCCCGAAAUGAAACCCAGGCCAGCAAACUCUCUCACACACACACACACACAGACACACAGGCACAGAUCCGAAAACAGACACAGGUGUACACAUGCAGAAUAGACACACGCGCACGCACACACACACACACACACACACACACACACACACACACACACACACACACACACACACACACAAAUGCAGAUACACUUUCAUGUAAAAACAGACACACACACACACACACACAAUAUGUGCACACUACCACGUUCACAGGGCCCAGCCACCUGGACGAAGAAACCUGUCCUUCUGAGCAUAAGAAAGUCGCUGGAGCAUCUCAGAUGUGGAAGAUUAUUUUCUGAUUUUAGAGUAGACCAGUGCCAAAGUAACAUGUCAAUGUUACCACGUCUUCUUUAGUCAUUCAAGGUUAGUUUGGCAAUGACUCGGACGAAGACGCGGUUAACGUUGAAACGCUCAUGAAAGUUUGGCACUGCUCUAAAUUAAAAACAGAAAAAUAGGUCUUCCGCAUCUGAGACUCUCCCAUGACUUGUCUUUCCGACUUU